AUGGCUGGGGAGGACAGUUUUAUAGUGUUGGUUCACCACAGUGGAUCGAUUAAGCGGAAAACUCGUUCCGGUGUCAAGUUCACCGAUAAGGAUCCUCUAUGUAUUAUCGUGAGUUCUACGACGAGCUUUGAUGACCUUGCUAGCUCUGUACUACUGAAACUUGGUCUGGAUGGUGUGAAAAGGGUUAAGAAGUUUUUCUAUCGCAUUCCAAUCACGGUGCUCCAAGAUACUGUGAAGUAUGAUUGUUUCACGAUCGGGAGUGAUGAGGACUUGCAGGUCAUGUUUCUUUGUCGCCGGCAGUUUCCCGAAGUGAGGACACCGGAGCUGUUGGCAAAGUUCGUUGAUGUGGUGUCCAGCUCGGGGGGUUCGAACCGGAAUACCAACACUUUAGCGAUGGUUGCCGGUUCUAGCUCCAAACCUGCCGUUGCAUCUUCCUCAGUCCCUGCGUACGAGCCACCCGCCCCGCCUGUCGCCUCCCCUUCGUUCACUGUUGAUCUCAACGGCAGUGUUGGCGACGAGGUUGGAACAGGAGAACAUCAACAUACCUCUGUACAAUGUCCUGCACCGGCUGGGGAUGGAGAUGGAUUGUUUGAUGAUCUAGAAGACGAUGAUGUCGAGUCGGAUAUGAUUGCUGAUGACAGUGGCGAUGAUAUUGGAGCGAGUGAGCUUGCCGGUGCGGGUGGUGGUUCUAGCUCUGGCACACAGCAGUACCCUCCACAUUUUUCAUCUUUGGACCUGGAUGCUAUGAGGCAGGAGGGGGUACCUGGGGAGCCUGCUGGAUUUGGCGCUAGAGAUGCAGAAGGGUCAGCUGGUAUGACAGAGUUUCAGGUUGGUCAGCAAUUUCAGGAUAAAGAGGCUGCGCUGUUAAGUGUGAAGACUUACAGCAUCCGCCGAGGUGUACAGUACAAGGUAGUAGAGUCUGAUUAUCGCCGUUAUGUUGGCAAGUGUUCUGAGUUCGGGAAUGAGUGCACAUGGUUGAUUAGGCUGAGUCUCCGACAGCGUAAGGGCAUUUGGGAGGUCAAACGGUACAAUGGACCGCAUACUUGUCUGGCCAGCUCUAUCUCCAGCGAUCACAGGAGUUUGGAUUAUCAUGUGAUAUCGGCAUUCAUUAUGCCAAUGGUUAGAGCCGAUGCAUCUGUCAGCAUCAAGGUGCUCCUAAAUGCGACGACCUCACACUAUGGGUUCAGGCCUACCUACAAGAGGGUCUGGAUGGCGAAGCAGAAGGCUGUUGCCGUCAUUUAUGGUGACUGGGAUGAGUCGUACAACGAGCUCCCAAGGUGGGUGUUAGGAGUGCAGUUGACCAUACCUGGUUCUAUUGCACACGGGAACUCCAACAUACUCCCUGUUGCAUUCGCACUAGUCGAGGGUGAGAAUGUUGAGUCGUGGUCAUUCUUUCUCUCCCACCUCUGGCAGCACGUUACACCACAGCCGGGGUUGCUCGUUAUUUCUGACAGGCAUAACGGCAUCAAGGCCGCGCUUGAGGCUCCCGACGGGGGCUGGCUACCUCCGGCUGCAUACCGGGCUUUCUGCAUUCGACACGUGGCAGCAAAUUUUGUCCUCACCUUCAAGGGUAAAGAUGCAAGGAGGCUUCUUGUGAACGCUGUCUAUGCUAAGACCGAGGUCGAGAUCGAUUACUGGUUUGAUAUUCUACGCUCGGAAGACCCGGCGAUGUGUGAUUGGACGAACCGGAUUGAGUAUUCAUUGUGA